UUGCAACGAACGCAAGCAAAUCGCACCUCGAAGAGCACGAAAUCGAAACAAAACACAGUUAGCAAAAAAAAACUCUUUUUUUAAUUUCAUAGCUCGUUGAAACCAAAAAACAGAAAGACGCGCGCGCGAGCGGUUAACAGAAAUAAAUAAAUAAAUAUUAUAAAGCAGCUGCGUGCGAAAAAAUUAAAUAUAUUAUAUUAAAUGCAAAUACAAGUUUAAAUGUGCAGCGACAACGCAAAUAUUCAAUAAAAAGUUUUGACGAGAGUGUUUAAAAAGUAGAGAGUGUGUAAUUAAAAGCAAUUAGAAAUGUGACUAAAACAACCAAACGAAUUUACUUAAUCAAAGAAAAUACAAAAAAGAAGCAAAGCAGGAAGCAGAAAAGCGCAUACAGUGCAAAAGUGCAACUAAAGUUUGCGCCCAAAAGGCAAACAUCAAACAAAACCAACAACAAAUCAGCGAGUUAAAUCAGACGCAGAACCAUGAGCAUUAUCGAUAGCGGUAAAUAUCGCCUGCGCAAGGAUUGGGCCAGCGCCUCCAUACCGUCAUUGGUCAACAUCGAUGAGCAUGUGGAUGGCGAUGGUGAGAAUGAGCACCACGAGAACAUAACGGCACCGCUGCCGCCACAGAAACCACCGCGUCGCAGUUCCCUUGCCCUGGGACUCUUCUCCAGCAAAUCCGACAAAAGCCAGAAGCGACGCAGCUCCAUAGCAGUCUCAUUUCUGCGACGUGAUAACAAUAAGAACUCUACCAAAGACUCCUAUGAAUCGGCUGUGCGCAGCGAAAAGUCCGAUGGCUCAGCCACGCCCACCAAUAGUCCCGAUCAUGUCUACAGCUCGGAGGAGAACAUACGCGCCAGCUCACCCAACGAGCCUGGCAAGCUUACCUAUUUCGAGGAUGGCGCACAGUCCGUUGCCGUCGUCCAGGGCAUGAAUCCCUACGAUACGCCCAACGAUCGGCAACGUCGACGUCGCAGCUCGCUGCAGACCAAACUCGAUCGUCACAGACGCAAGAAAAUGGAGUUCAGCUAUCAGCGCAGUCUGGAUUCCUCCAACAUGACAUUCAGCGAAUCGCAGAGCGAUCUGACCAAUGAUAGUAUUGCCGGCAAUGGCACCAACUCCGGCGACGAGGACGACAUUAUCGAUCCCAAUCAUGCUGAGUAUUUUCCGCGCGAGAAACGUGGUUCCUGGUGGAACAUAUUUGUGCCAGAUAAUUUCAAGAACAGGUCACGUAGGGCUAGUCAAGAUGUUUCCAGUUUGUCACGCAGCGUUGACAACUUGGCGAUACCCGUGCGCAGGAGCAAAUCGCGUAGUGUUGAUCAUGGCCUUGCGGCACCUUUUGAUUUGGACUCAUUGCGUUCGAAAGUCGAGCAGCGAUUCGAAAGUGUCGACAAAUUGUCAAAGCAAAAGUCUUCAUUGCCCACCAUACCCACCAUUUCCUAUACCGUGGGAAAUCGCGACACACUGACAUCAGUGGCGGCACGCUUUGAUACGACGCCAUCGGAGCUGACACAUCUGAAUCGCCUGAACAGCUCGUUCAUAUAUCCCGGCCAGCAGCUGCUGGUGCCCGACAAGAGUGCCAAGGAUGAUGCUUCGACAAGCUCGACGGGCACAAACGAGGGUGGAGGUGGAGGCAGUGUGUCCGGCAAGUCAAGUCCCAUAGAACGCAAGUUGUCUAGCGAUGAGACCAAGGAGGAGAAAGAUAUACUCGAGGGUUUGCGCCCCGGCUCACCGAAACCAGGACAUAUUGAGCGUGUGAGCAGCAACAGCCAGGCGGAGGAGAAUGCGGACAAGAGCGAUGAUCCGGUGAUAACCCAACGUUUUCUCAAGAUCAAUGUGCGACACAUUACCGAUGGCCAGGGCGUCGUUGGUGGCGUACUCUUGGUCACACGCAAUGCGGUCAUGUUCGAUCCCAAUGUCAGCGAUCCGCUGGUCAUCGAGCAUGGCCCGGAGAGCUAUGGUGUGAUUGCGCCCAUGGAUUUAGUCGUCAAUGCAGCCAUAUUUCAUGAUAUUGCGCAUAUGCGUGUGGCGGGCGGUGCCGGACCUAGCGCCGCAGCCGCCAGCAGCGAUGCAGAGAAACCAGAGAUAUAUUAUCCUAAACCAGUAUUAGUAGAAGAGGACUCCAAGGAGUUAUCAGAGCAAGCGGCAACAGAGUUAACUAGCAAACAGCGUGGAACAGAGGGUGAAACUGCCUCGCUGGAGGUCACCGAUGAUCAGGAGUCGUUGUGCUCGAGCACUGGCCGCGAAGGCGAAGCCUUUCCCAAGGUUUUUGAACAGGAUGGAACAACAGAAGCCAAAGAUAGCGCUAAGACUGACGCUCAGGAUGAGGAUGAGGAUAAGAAGACAUUGGGCCUAACAAACACACGCAGCACACUCGAGGAGCGACGCAAGAGUCUAUUGGAUCACCACUGGGCAAUUCCGAGCAAAGACCGCUACUGUUUGUCUAAUUCUCGAAGAUCAUCGGAAGACGAGGCCGACAACGAGUCCAACAACACUGUGGACAGUGGCUCACGCAUACAAGAUCCACACUCGGCUGCAAGCUCAGUAAGCGGAGCUGGAGCAGCUGGCGUGGCCGCUGCUGCUGCUGCUGGAGCUGGAGCUGCAGCUGUGCCUGGACCAUUGCCAGGCAUGUUGCCGCCCAUGGGCAUUGAUUUGGAGCACUUGGAGCAGCUGUCCAAGCAGUCCUGCUACGACUCAGGCAUCGACAUACGCGAGCCCAACAUACCCAACAUACAGCCGAUACCAAAGAAAACCGUUUACAGCGACGCUGACAUUGUGCUCAGCUCCGACUGGGUGCCACCGAAGACGAUUGUGCCCACGCACUUUAGCGAGUCGCCGCCACGCAGUACUAUACUAGGUCAGAGCCUGGACGCCGGCGGCGGCGCACGCAAGAAAACCUCCAGCGUUAGCUUCAGCGUUGACGAUGAGGCAGCACAACAGGCACAGGCAGCCGCAAUGGCGGCAGCAGCAACCACCGACAAACAAGCAGAGAAGAAGAAUAAGAUGCUGAAGCGUCUAUCGUAUCCCUUAACUUGGGUAGAGGGCCUGACUGGCGAGGGCAGCACACAGGCAGCUCCUGGCGGCAGUUUGAACAAGUCCGGAGACACCGACUCCGCGCCCAAUACUGGCGACUCCAAUCAGAGCGUAUUUUCGAAAGUAUUUUCAAGCUCGCCCAUUACUCUGGUCUCAGAGCUGGGUGGCAAUCUAUUUUCGAAAACACCGUCCGAAGAAUCUGGUGGGUCGCCGGUGCCUCCGUUGACACCGCACUCGACACACUCCGAGGGUCACAUGACCUAUGGGCGCUCCUCCAUUGGCACCUUUAUACGGCCGCACUCCUCGGAGGGCACUGCGUCCAGCACAAAGCUAAAGGAGCCAAAGCAGCCGCCGCCCAAGCUCGACUAUCGCUCCAUGGUCUCAAUGGACGACAAACCGGAAUUGUUUAUUAGCGUGGACAAGCUUAUACCUCGUCCCGCUCGUGCGUGCACAGACCCACCUUUGUAUUUCCGGCUGCGCAUGGGCAAGCCCAUUGGCAAGGCCAUUCCACAGGGCACCACCGUCAUGUCCUAUGGCAAGAACAAGCUGCGCGCCGAAUAUUGGUUCAGUGUGCCCAAGAAUCGCGUUGAUGAGCUCUAUCGCUUCAUUAACACCUGGGUCAAGCACCUGUACGGUGAAUUGGACGAAGAGCAAAUCAAGGCGCGCGGCUUUGAGCUUAUACAAGAGGACACCGAGUGGACUAAGAGUGGACACCCCAAGGCCGGCUAUGGCAGCAGUCAGGAUGGCGAAGAGAUUGGCGAUUUGACUCGCGAGUCCUGGGAGCUUAUAAAGGCGCCCUUCGCCAAGACCUACAAGAUCAUUAAAACGGCUUCGCAUGCCGCAUCGCAUGAUUUGGAAUUGUUGGGCGGCGAGGUGCUGUCAAUGAGCACAGAUGAAUAUCGCAAGAGCUCCCUCUUUGCAACUGGUUCCUUUGACUUGGACUUCCCCAUACCCGAUCUAAUUGGCAAAACAGAGAUUCUCACAGAGGAGCAUCGCGAAAAACUCUGCGCUCAUUUGCCCGCACGCGCUGAGGGCUACUCCUGGUCGCUGAUCUUUAGCACAUCGCAACAUGGUUUCGCAUUGAACUCACUCUACCGCAAGAUGGCGCGACUGGAGAGUCCUGUGCUGAUUGUCAUCGAGGAUACAGAGCACAAUGUUUUUGGCGCUUUGACCUCCUGCGCGCUGCAUGUGUCGGAUCAUUUCUAUGGCACUGGCGAAUCCCUGCUAUACAAAUUCAAUCCCAGCUUUAAAGUAUUCCAUUGGACCGGUGAGAACAUGUACUUCAUCAAGGGCAACAUGGAGAGUCUGUCCAUUGGCGCUGGCGAUGGUCGGUUUGGUCUCUGGCUGGACGGGGAUCUGAAUCAGGGCCGCUCGCAGCAUUGCAGCACCUACGGCAACGAGCCAUUGGCGCCACAAGAAGACUUUGUUAUCAAAACACUCGAAUGCUGGGCAUUUGUUUAAGUGAAUUUUGUGUGUUGAGAUCGCAUUAUAUAGAUAAUCGCAUUGAGUGAAGCCUACCUAUUUAAUUAAUUAUACUUAUACUUAUAUAUGUACUACAACAAUAACUAAAACAAAAACAAAAACAAAAACACAACAACCUGAGAAUGAUAUCAAAAGCGUUUAUAAGCAAAAAACAAAACAAUUUAAUUACUGAGUGUAUCACAAAGAUGAGAAUAAGCGAAAUUUACUCUCAUCUAAAAUGUAACUGCAAUUGAAUAUAAAAUUCAUAACAAUUAUAAAAAAAAUAAUAAAAAUGCCUGUGAGCAACCAGAAGAAUGAGAAAGAAAGCAAAAUAGCUAAAUGUAUGCGUUGAAACGUAUUAAUUAUUUAGUUUUUAUAUUAUAUAUUAUUAAAAACAAAAGGCAACUAAAUUAUGUGUUAGACUUAAACAAUGUGAAAAACAAAUAACAAUUGAAAGCACACGACUUCAUACAAACACACACACACGCCCCCACACACACACACACAGACAGUCAGCAUCGCAUUUAAGCAUAAGUUCUAUUAUCGAAAAUAACAAUAAAUAUGCUAUUUAAUUAGCUGUUGAUAAUUAGCCAAAACACACACACACACAAACAAACAACAUUAAGUAAUGAGUUUUCGUUGUUGUUUGUUUUUUUCUUUUCUUUUUUGUAUAAAUUCAAAUGAGUUUGUGUUUCUUGUAUUCUGUUAAGCAAUCUUAAUCUGAUUUACAUGUAAUUUUGAAUUUGAUUUUUGUGCCUUUUGAUUUUUCUCUGUGCAGUACGAAGAAAAUGAAAAGAAUGUCGAUAUAAUUUUAGUGCAACGCAAGGCGCCAUAGACACGCCCCCAUAUUCAGCUUGCAAAUGAAAC